CGGGCAGGGAGCCGGGGUAAUUUUCGGCCAGACAGAUUCCACCACUCUGCUGGCGAGGGAUCUAGAUCGCGGCGCUGGAGAGGGCUGUCAACUCGGCCACUGAUAGGCGGAAAGCCAUGGCGUCGCAGGCAGGCACGGCGCAGAUUGGUUGCGGGCAUGAGGCUACGCCCAGGGGAGAUGGGACAGCCAUGACAGUGUGAUGGAUGACUUGCGAUGGGAUUGUGUGAUGGCCAUCCAUGGCUGGCUUACUGGCAAGAACGGGCGAGCGUGGCGAUGGGCGAUCGAUGCAGAGCGCGAGCAGCGAGGCAGAGUCUGGGCCUGGGCCGUGGGCCGUGGGCCGUGGACGCGGGUCAACAGGCGCAUGUGCGUUUUUACCGUGCCUUAGGGUAGGGACAGGUAUGGAGCCGGGGAAUGUUGCCGCACGCAGUGGCAGGGAAGGCAGUCCCCACGGCAGGGCUCCCCCACACGCGCCCCAGCUGCACCUGCGCACUUGACCUGCAGACCUUUCAUCGCUUCUGGCAGUGCUCGGCGCUGGGGCCAGGAAUAGCCCCCGUGGGGCCCCCGGCUGCCACU